AUGAAUAAAAGAAAUACUAUGGUAACUGGAAAUGGAUUAUUACCAUUAAUCCUACAUAACACGGAUGAAUAUGGCUUUGAAAGACCUGAAGAUUUUAAUUAUCAAGUUUACGAAGAGUUCAUGUCUUCCUACUUAAAAAUAUUAGCACACCGAUCAAAAAAAUGGUCUAAAUUAUUAAAUCCUAAUUACGUUUUUAAAAAAAAUGCAAAAUUAAAAAGGUAUAUUAGGAAAGGCAUUCCGGCCGAGCACAGAGGAUUUGUCUGGUUUAUGAUUAGUGGUGCUCACAAUUUAAAAAAAAACAUGUCUGAUGACUUUUACUAUAGUUUAUUGAAGCAAGAUCUGAAUACUGAGAUAGUAGAUGCUAUUAAACUUGAUCUUCAUAGAACAUUUCCCAAUAAUAUUUUUUUUAAAAGACCAGAGUUUUGUCAAACUCAAUUAUUUAACAUAUUAGUAGCAUAUGCACAUCACAAUCCGAAAAUUGGCUAUUGUCAGGGUUUAAAUUAUGUAGCAGGGUUAUUGCUUUUAGUCACCAAGAAUGAAGAAACAACAUUUUGGCUUUUAAAAACUCUAAUAGAACAAACUUUAGAAGAUUAUUAUUCACCUACAAUGCAGGGUCUUCUUAUUGAUGUAGAAGUAUUAUCAGAAAUAAUUAAAAUGAAAGAGCCAGAAGUGCAUCAACAUAUAACAAAUCUGGGUUUACCAUGGUUAAUUAUUUGUUCAAAAUGGUUUAUAUGUUUGUUUGUUGAAAUAUUACCCAUAGAGACUGUGCUUCGCAUAUGGGACUGUUUAUUUUACGAAGGUUCUAAAAUAUUUUUUCGUGUUGGAAUAGCAUUAAUUAAAUUAAACAGAAAACAAUUAAUCGAAAGUAAAGAUUUUGCCGAAGCAGCUAAUACUUUUAAAAGUAUUACCAAUAGCAAAAUGGUUACAAAUUGCCAUUUUUUUAUGAAUAGUGUAUUUAAGGUUUCAGGAUCACUGUCAAAUUCUACUCUUCAUAAGUUAAGAAGAAAAAUAAGAAUUGAAAAGUUUGGGUCAAAAUAA